UUAUUACAAGUCCUAUUUCGAUUCUUAGUCAAAGAAAAAAAAGCGGUGAAGAAAGAACAACGAAAAAAAAUACGAAGAAGAAGAAUAAUUUUAUUUAUAUUUUUUUUCGGGUAAUUCGUAUGAAUUAUGUCUGAAGACGAUGUUUAUGAAAGUUUUUGUACAAUCAAAAACGACAAUACCGACGACGACGACCAACAACAACAACAACAUCAUCUUUAUAACGUUGAUAAAAAUAACAAUAACAACAUCUUAAUUAAUUUAUCAUCCGAUCAAAAUAUUGAUUCGAUACGUAAAGAUUCAAUUAAUCAACAGAAACGUUAUCGAUACGAAGAUAAUAUUGAAAAUUCAAAAAUUUUAGAUAAAAAUAUUUUAGAUUCAAAUAAAAAUAGUAAAAAUAUUGAACAAUUAUUACGUAAUUCUCGUACAAACAAUUCAUUAUCAUUAUCAUCAUCAUCAUCUAUUCCUGAACAAAAACAACAAUCGAUCAAUUCAGAUGGUGAUGAUGGCAAUGGUGUUAAUGAUGUUGAUGAUGAUAAUGAUCAAACCGAUAAUGACGAUGAUGAUGAUGAUGAUGAUGAUGAUGGUCCAAAACGUAAACGUAUCCGUAAAAAUUUAUUAAAUACCAGUAGUAAUAGUAAUAAUAAUCAUAAUAACGAUAUAAUCAACGUUGACGAUAACAACAACAACAACAACAACGGAAAAAAUAAUAACGCCCAACAAAAAUCAACAUCAACAAUAUUAAAACAAGAUAAUAAUCAUAAUAAUAAUAAUAAUAAUCUUAUUAAUAUGGAAGUUCGUUUUCUAGUUUCUAGUCGUGAUGCCGGUGCCAUUAUUGGUCGUGGUGGUUCCAACAUAACUCAUCUUCGACAAACUUAUGAAUCAUCAAUAACCGUGCCCGAUUGUCUUUCACCAGAACGAAUAUUAACGAUCGUGGCCAACGUGGAUAAAGUCAUCAAAAUUGUACGAGAAAUAUUGAAAUUUAUUGACUCAACAGCAGUAUCAUCUACUUCUGCUUCGAUAACAUCAAAUUCUUCGCGUUCAAGAUUUCCGGCAAAUAAAGCAACAAAUAGAAACUCAUCGAUACCAGUUAUUGGUAGUGAUCAACGAUCAUCAUCUCGAAAUGGAUCAUCCGCAUCAACAACUCAAACUACUAAUAGUCUUUGUGAAAUACGAUUAUUAUUACAUACAUCACAUGCGGGUGGAUUAAUUGGUAAAGGUGGUGCACGUAUUACACAAUUGCGAGAGGAAACUAAAGCUGGAAUUAAAGUAUAUUCGGAAUGCUGUCCACAAAGUACCGAACGUGUUUGCGCUGUAACUGGACCGAUCGAUAUUGUUACAAAUGCCUUAGGAAUUAUAUUGAAUCUGAUUCGAACGUUUCCCAUCAAAGGACCAAAUCAAUUAUAUAAUCCUGCAAAUUUUGAUCCAUUCAUGUCGUUACGUUAUGGUGGGUAUGGUGAAACAGCUCCUGGACCGUUACAACAUGGUCCAUCACAACCGUCGAUUCAACAACCACCUCCCCAUCAUGAACCAAGCCGAACAAAUAGUAUAUUUACACCACCACCGAUUCCACCACCACCCCCUGCACAAUAUCAUCAUCCAGCACCACCAAUGCAUCAUCCACAUCCGCAUCCUCAUCACGCUCAUCCCCAUACUCAUCCUCAUCAUCAUCCAUUCUCGUCGCCAUCAAAUACCGGCAAUCGUCAUUUAUCAACAUUAACUAAUGGACCACCACAAUCUCAAACACAUCCUCAUCAUCAUUUAAUGGAUCAUGGCCGUUCUCCAUCCGAUUUUGGAGCCACAUCACCAUCAUUUUUGGCAGCCGCUGCUGCUGCAGCUCAUCAUCAUCAUCAUUGGCCACAGGCAACAAAUACAGGUCCACCACAAGUCAGCGGUAGCGGUGGUGGUCGAAUGGCAACUAUACGUGCGGCAGCAGCUGCCGCAGCAGCAGCAGCCGCGGCUGCUGCUGCUACUGGAAAUUCUGGUCAACCGGAUGUAUUCGGUCCCACAAACGAUGAUCCAUUCCGUUGGAUUACAGAAGCAAAACAUUAUGAUACAAAUCGUCUUCAGAAUACUUUGAUGAAACGUGAUGAUGUUUCAUUCAUCAUUAAUCCGAAUGGUACAGCUAUUUCAACGAUCAAAGUUAAUCAUAAGGUUGUUGGUGCAAUAAUUGGUCGUGGUGGUAAUCGUAUCAAAGAAAUUCGUAUUAAAACACAGGCCGAUAUUUCAAUCGAUCAAAUGAAAAAUAGUAGCGGUGGCAAUCCAUCAUCAUCUGCAGGCGGUAGUACACGUUCGAUUACGGUCAAAGGAUUAUAUAAUGAUGUUCAAGCAGCCGUAUCCAUGAUAUGUAACUGCAUCGAUGAGAAUCAAAAUAUUUGAUUAUUCAACAACAUCAUCAUCAUCAACAAGUAUUUCUAAUUCAAUCUAAAUUUUCCAUAAAUUCAUAUUAUAAUGGUGGAUCUCUCUACAAUUUCAAAACACAUAUACACACAUAUACACUUUCAUUUGGAUCUGGUUCAUGGCUCUCUCAAUGGCUGGCAAUCAAAAAUUGAAUAUUCUCACUCGUUUUUUUCCAGUUUUCACACACACAUCACUUUCAUUGCAAAAUUUAUUUCAAAAAAAAUUUUCAAAACACAUCUUUCUUUUUCAAUAUUUGCCGGAAAUUUUGCAAAUAUAUUUUUUCCUUUUUUUUGUAAUGUUUUGUUUUUAUUUCUAGAGCCCAAAAAUGCA